AUGGGUAACGAAUCGUCGACUGAGGUGGAUGAAUUCACGUCCCCCACGGCACUUGAGGCGCGUACCAUCGAGGCGGUGGCCAAAUACGUUAAAACGCACAAUGUGAAGAAAGUUGUGGUGAUGGUGGGAGCGGGCAUCAGCACUUCAGCAGGCAUCCCAGACUUUCGUUCACCUGACACGGGAAUCUACGCCAACCUGGCCAAUCUAGAUCUACCAGAGCCCGAGGCAGUCUUCGACAUUGGUUUCUUCCGACAUAAUCCUAAACCUUUUUAUGCGCUGGCGCACGAGCUGUACCCUGGACGCUACCGCCCGACCAUUGUGCACUCUUUCAUCAAACUACUUUACGACAAAGGGAUGCUACUGAAGCAUUUUACUCAAAAUAUUGACUGCCUUGAGCGCCAGGCAGGCGUGCCAGGCGAGAAGAUUAUCGAAGCCCAUGGCAGUUUUGCGUCACAGCGUUGCAUUGAAUGCAAGGAGAUCUUCCCAGACGAGGAGAUGCACCAGAUGGUAUUCAAGGCCGAAGUACCCCACUGCCACAAGUGCAACGGUCUGGUCAAGCCAGACAUUGUGUUCUUUGGUGAAGCUUUGCCAUCUGAGUUCUUUGAUAGCCGUUUUCUCCCCGAAGAGGCCGAUCUCUGCAUUAUUAUGGGAACUAGUCUGUCCGUUCAGCCAUUUGCCAGUCUGCCUUCGAUGGUUAGUCCAGGUGUACCUCGUGUGCUCAUCAACAUGGAGCGUGUCGGUGGGCUUGGAUCACGGAGUGAUGAUGUGUUGGUGAUUGGGGACUGUGAUGCUGGAGUACGCAAGUUUGCAAAGGCUCUGGGAUGGGAAGAGGAAUUGGAGGUGCUGUGGGAGGAAACCAACCCAGACCCGCAGAAAAGGGCGGAGGAGAAUGCCCCGCUAAAGACGCGAGAUGAACGGCUGCAAGACGAAGUGGACCGACUAACGGAGGAGGUCGAUCGAACUCUGGGGUUGACCGAUGCGUAUCAGAAUAAAGUACGUGAAAAGCUGGCACACGAGGCACACCGCCAAUCUGGGGGUCUGGAUCAUGUUUUCCCCCAUUUGACGCGUCAGCUGUCAUAA